AUGGCGUCUGAAGUUGUUCUUCCCGGAGAGGAGCUGCCUGCAUCACUUCUAGAGCAGACCCAAAACCACAAGAGACCGCUCACGCUUGGCCCCGGCCUACGUCACAUCCCGCCAUCGACUAUCACUACCACUGUCGCUGGUUCCCUCAGCGUGGACAGCCGGAAGAAUGCCAUUUGGGUUGAGCGCAAUGGCGGCCGCUAUGUGCCUACCCAAAACGACGUCGUAGUCGCAACGGUGCACCACUCGUCGGUCGAAAUGUACGCUUGCACGAUCACACCUUACACACCCCAAGCCACCCUCCCGCAUCUUGCCUUCGAAGGCGCCACGAAGAAAACACGCCCGCAGCUUGCGCCGGGCGCCCUCGUCUACGCCCGGGUUAGUGCCGCUAGCAAACACAUGGAGCCGGAGCUGGAGUGCGUGUCAGCAACAACGGGAAAGUCGGACGGAUUGGGCCCGCUCAAAGGAGGCAUGGUUUUCGAGAUCAGUCCAGGCAUGGCAAGGAGACUGUUGAUGCCUGCAGGAAAGAAAGAUGCAGGCGAAGGCGGCCCUGGAAAGGUCAUUGUGCUGGACGAGUUGGCCGAGAGGGUACGGUUUGAGGUUGCGGUUGGUAGAAACGGAAGGGUCUGGGUCAACAGCGAGGAAGGCGGCGUUAAGGUCGUUCUGGCAGUGGGCAAGGCGCUUACGGAAACCGAUGAGAAGGGCUUGGGCAUCGAGAGCCAGAGAGACUUGGUUGCGAAGCUGCUGAAGGGAUUAUAA